AUGAUAGUUUACCCAGAGACACGGUUACUUUCACUGCCAAGUAAGGGCAAUUUUUUUGAUCCUAAUGUACUGGAGAUGAAAAAAAUUAAGAUAGUGAGGCAGAAGAUAAGUCAGCGUUAUGGACGGCAUCACUUCAUUGCUCUCCUGCAGGGCAUAUACAGCUGUCGCUGGAAACGCCACCAGUGGGUGCACAUGGAGGACGAUACCCAGGCUUGCUGUGUAAUGGGAGAUCAGCUAUUUUUCCCCUUCCAGGUUGCGGCCUUGUGCAUGUCCCUCAUAUUUCUGUACAUGUGGCUGGAAGCAAGGAAUGACUACGCCAGCUUUGACGAGUUUAUUUACCAGUUCACAAAUGGUUGGUUUUUCUGGUCCUUCUUUCUGGUGAUUACAGCCUCAGUCAUGUUCAGUUACAUCAUGCUGCUUAUGAUCAUAGGGAUAUGUUUGCUGACAGAUGGGCAGCAGCUAUACCUGCAUUGGUGCAAUAAGAUUGGGGUCCUGCUGGUCUUGAACAUAUGCAUUUUUGGUUUUCUAACCAUAAAAUCAAUUUAUGAAGAAAAAUGGAGAGCUGCUGAGAUAUCACUACAGGUAACUGUUCCCUACAUACAUUUCUUUGGAAUAUGUGUGAUGGUGUUAUUCUCAUGGCCCAUAGCCAUCUAUUUUGCUAAGCUGAAUAAAACAGCUUUGGUUCUCAUGAAGAAGGAGUACAAUGAUCAGCAAGAAGUCCUUGCUGGGUCUAGGAAAAUAAUGAAGAUUAGAGCCAUUCAGUUCGUCAGUGUUAUUUCCUUCCUGGUCGUUCUUCUCAUUAUAUACACCAUACCCCUAGGGAUGCAAUCUCCCUGUCUCCGAGAAAACAAGACCCUGGGACCCAAACCAACUUUCAUUGGGCACAGAGGCGCACCAACGCUGGCACCAGAGAACACUCAGAUGGCCUUUGAGAAAGCUAUUGAACAUGGUGCCACAGGGCUGGAGACUGAUGUCACCCUCAGUUAUGAUGGUGUUCCUUUCCUCAUGCAUGAUCCCACCCUGAGGAGAACAACCAAUAUCCAUGAGAUCUUGCCGGAUUUCACUGACAUGCCUGCCUCUAUGUUCACUUGGCAAACCCUGGAAACCCUGAACUCAGGCCAAUGGUUCCUCAAGGCUAAAUCAUAUAGAUACAUGGCAUCACUGACAAAAGAAGAAGAAAAGAUGGCAAAAAAUCAGUCAAUUAUGAAGCUAAGCAAUUUCUUGAGACUAGCAAACAAAGAAAAUAAAUUGGUGAUAUUUGAUCUCUACCGACCCCCAAGGAAACAUCCUUACAGAGAUACAUGGAUCAUGAAAGUGUUAGACGUGAUGAUAAAUGAAGUUGGGAUUAAAAGCCAUCUGGUUCUUUGGUUACCAGGGCAGUUCAGGGCAGAUAUUCAAAUGAUAGCUCCGGAUUACAUACAAGUGCUGGGAAAGAAGCUGCCUCUUCCUGACCUUUUGAGAAUGGGAAUUAAAGGAUUGAAUCUUGCUUACAAGGACAUGAACAGGAAUGAUGUCAAAGAAUAUGAGAAAUAUGGCAUCUUCACCAAUAUCUACGUCAUCAAUGAGCCCUGGCUGUACUCCCUGGCUUGGUGUGCUGGGGUUCAUUCAGUCACUACUAAUACCAUCCAAAUACUGAAGAAGAUUAAACGCCCAUACUUCUUAAUGACGCCGAAUGAGUACAUGAAGAUGUGGAUACUGCUGGACUUCAUUUCUUUCUUCAUCAUUACAAUUGUAUUUUUUUUCCAUUGGUAA